GCUCUAUAACUUUAUGAACCGUCGGUUGAGACCAUAGGAUUGCAACUUCCCUGAUCGUCUGCCCCCUGCAUCUUUGGAAUGGUACGGUCCGUUGCCUAGGUGUUAGUAGAAGCCAAUUCACUCCGCCACGCCUGUCCUCAGCACUUAGCUUACUUGCAGCUGUUACCCGUUUAGAGGGGAACUCAAGGACAAGAGACAUUGUCAUGGAUUAACUGCAACAACAACAAUGAGAGUGAUGAAGUUUGGGGAUCCGUUGACCAUUGCAUUGAGAUGGGUUCUAUUUGAUACCAUGUAGGCUAAAUUGUCUGUGAUCUGUCUGUGUAAUUUAACCACUGAAGAAGAAGUUCAUCAGUCACAGAUGUAGCUUCAACAAACCUAAUGUAUGACCAUGGAUCAUGAAGAGGUGCGGACAGAGCUGGACCAGAUUUCUCUGCGGCUUCAGGAGGAUGGCUUGCCUCCAGCAGCCAGUGCGGAGGACCGGCAGCGUCAUCUCUGGCAGCAGCUGCUCAGAAGUGAGGCGAAGCUUCGGUCUGCCAUCCAGGAGCUGCAGACCUUGCGUACCCAGCAGGCCAAUGAGAUGAAGGAGGUGGAGAGCUAUGUUGCACAUAUUCGUGGACUGUUGGAAGAGCGUGAGUGUCUGACUGCAGACUACGAGAGAGACAAUGAACACUUGCGACAUGAGCUGCACCAGAUCAGACAACAACAAGAGAGUCAGAGCAAAGAGCUGGCGGAGAUGCUGGCUCAGGAGGACCUUGGGGAGAUAGGCCUGAGCAGCCCAAGUGAGCAGGUGGCUUACUUGCUGGUGGAGAGGGCCACGCUGCUGGAAAGGCUGGAGGCUGCUGAGAGGAGACUGGAGAGUCAGAGCCUUACUUGCAACUUGAGGGAGGGCCACCACCAGGGACAUAUUCACCACAUGAUGGGGGAGGAGCUGAGGCAGCAGAGGGAGGAUAUGCAGAAAAGCCUAGAUAACAUGACAAAGCAGUGUUCAUCCCAGAGUCCAUGGAAGAAGCUCUUUGGGCUGCGCAGGUCUGGUCAGAGCAAACACAAUAUUACUCCUGCCCACAGUGAGGAGAUUUCCCAGGAGCAAAAUGAGCGCCAGCGGCUGGAGCGGGACCUGGAAGAGGCAUCUAGGAGGCUGGCAAUGGCUCAUCAGGACAUCCGCAGACUCACCAAUGAGCUGGAUGCUGCCACAAACAACAACCUAGACUCAAGUGGAUCUGGGCUUGAGGGAAUGGUCCAAGAAGUAGAAAACCUGAGGACAGAAGUGGACAAACUGAAACAUUGUGAUAUGUUGAAGCUGCGGAGAGCAAAAGAGCAAAAUGACAGACUAGACGCUGAGAACAGAGCUCUGAGGGAGAGAGUGCGCACUAUGGAAUCUGAGAAGAAAAAUCUCCAAGAACAGUUGGCAGUAAAUGAUGCAGACCAAGAUGUUGUAGCAGAAGAGGAUAGAAAGGACAAGGCCAUUAACAGUGAACCACAAAACAAUCUGUUGGCUCAGGAGAAGGAUCACAUUCACAAACGGUGUCAUGAGGCUUUGGAAGAUGGGCUUGUACAGGUGAGGGAGCUGCAACGGCAACUCCAGAGGCGUUGCAAGGAAAAGGAAGAGCUGGAGGAGAGGAACGAGGAGCUGGAGGCUCUGCUGGGGGAGGCCCAGAAUGCCAGCAAGGAGGAGAGUCAUCGCCAUGAGGGAGAACUGGAGGGACUGCACAGGAGGAUCAAAAGCCUGGAGGCAGAGCUGAAGAGGCAGGAUGCCCACGAAAAAAUUAUGAAGAAUGGAGAAGAGGUCAAAGUCGCUGAGUCCUACUUACAGCUGCACCUACGGGACAGUAGCCAGGAGAGACUGGCUCUGCUAGAGGCACGGCUGACUGAGGAGAAGGACUGGAGGAAACAGCUGGAGGUUGACCUCAGCGCUGCCCAGGCCGCCCUCAAAAAAGACAAAGAGGCUUUGCAGAUAGGUGAGCGAGAGCUGAAGAAGCUGAGACUGGAGGUCAACAGCCUUCAGACAGAAUGCCAACAAGGGAAAACGCUCAUCAAGAGCCUCACCCAAGUCAAAGGGGAAAAAGCAGUUCUGGAGGAAAAGGUGGCCCAAAUGGAACGUGCCCACAGCCGACUCCAGAGCGAGCUGGAACGCUAUAAGGACAGUAACCGAGCCCAGGAUGACCUGAAGGAAAACAGGCUUCAGGUUGACCAGCUGCAGGAGCAGGCUGACCGACUGACCGCUGAACUCAGCAGCCUCCAGUCAGCACACAACACACUGAGGGAUGAAAUGGUUUCUGAACGGCUGCAGACUGCCGAGCUCCAGGCCAAGCUGAGCUCCAGUGUCCAGGAGAAGCUGGCAGCUGAGGGUGAAAGAGAGAGACAGGAGCUUGAGAUACAGCACCUCAGAGAGCAGCUCAAGUGGCAUCAAGAGCAGCUCUCCUCUACAAAGGAAGCAUUUAGUAGCAGCCAGAAGCUUGAACUACGCACAGCUCAUAUAGAAUCUAAAAUUAGUCCAGUGGAGAGGACAAAGGAUGAAAGCUUGGAUGAGCUUUUGUGUUUGAAACAGGAGCUGAAUCUUCUGCAGUCUAAACUGGCGGAGGAGCAUCAGCUGGCCUCUCAGCACCAGCUGGCCCUGCAGGCUCAGGUCAAUGAAGCUCAGGCACGCAUCAAGUCCCAGGAUUCAGUGCUGAGCCAGAAGGCAGAGGAGGCUAAACAGAUGAAGCAGGACCUGCAAAGGGCCCAGAGCCUGUUCACCUCAGCAGAGAGAGAGCUGCGCUAUGAGAAAGAGAAAAACAUGGACCUGAAAAGGCACAACACCCUGCUAGACCAGGAAAAACUCAAGCUUUGUGCGGAGCUGAAGCAGGUCCAGACCAAGCUGGUCCAGGUGGAGCAGACUGUCCACAUUCAGGCAACUGAGAGUGAACGUCAGCAGCAGAAAAUCAGGGACCUGGAGCUGGAAUUGGCACGCAACUCCACAAAUCGCAGUGCCACCACCAGUCUGCAGGAGGACCUGCAGGCGGAGAGAACACGGCUCAUUGCUGCUGACAAGAAAGUGUUGGAGCUGCAACAGCAGCUGAAGAAUGCCCAGCACCAGCUGCGUGUGGAGGAAGCUCGGGCCGGCGAGAGCAGCCGCCUGGAGCGGGACAGCAGGGAUCUGUCUGACACCUUGUCAGCCCUGAGAGCCCAGCAGCAGGAGGAGCACAUCACCAGGAAGCUGUUAGAGCAGCGUGAGGAGGAGCUGCUGCAGCAGGUGCGCUCCCUUAGGCUGAAGGAGGCCUCCCUGACCAGGACCAACGCAGAGCUUAGCCACCGUGCCCAGCAGCUGGACACCCGUCUGGCCAUCCUUGAGGCUGAGCUUAACAAGGCCAGAGAGGAGGCAAAGGAUAGCCAGAAGUCCAGCCACAGACUGCAGGAGGAGCUGGCUGCCAGUCAGCAGGAGUGCGACAGACUGCAGGGGGAGCUGCAGCAGGUUCUCCUCCAGCUUGACACACACGUGAGGAAGUACAACGAAAAGCAGGCUCAGCACAAGAUCAAACUGCGCCAGGCCAAGCAGGUCUUUCUCAAGGCGACAGCACAGAGGGACCACACCAUUCAGAAACUCGAGAAUGACUUGGUGCUGGCCUCCAGCCUCUCACAUAAGGAGAAGGAAAGGAUCCAUACAGUGAUGGAUGAAAAUGAGAAGCUUCUGGAGGAGAAGAGGGAACUGUUGAGGAAGAUAAGUGAGGCAGAAGAAAUGGGUAGCAAUGGCAUGAGGACUGCCUCAACUGUCCAACACAGGGUCAACGUCUUAGAAGUGGAAAACAGACAGCUACAGGAGCGGACCCUGAAGCUCUCCAAUCAAGUUAGCUCCUUAGAGCGUGCUCUGAGGAACGUCCAGUCAUUCUACAGCCUGGAGAAUUCCAAGAAAGUGCAACCCUCUGAAAGUCUCUGUGAUGGCAUCCUACAUACAUCUGCACUGAGUUUGUCGUCGGGUUCCUGUGACCCGUUGGACAUCUUGGACAAAAUCUGCCGUGUGAAGGUGGGCGAGCGUGUGGUGGUCGACGGCACCCGAGCGUCUGUCUCCACACACCAGCUAUCAGAGCAGGGUUACCUGAAUCUCACCUCCCCACUGAUUCCUCCAGAGGCCAAAGGCACAGAGGAGAGCUCUAAUUACAGUGACAAGGUAUGAGACGUGGUACGUUCUGACGAGGUUGUUUGCAGCAGCAAGGAUGAAUGCUGUAAGUCAACACAUAAGGUAGCACUAUAGUAUACGCCAACUCCACUGGGGACAAAAAUAUGAAUAGAAUAAAAAAAAUAUGUUGAAUGCAAAUAAUCUUUGUUACAAGACAGUGAUAAUAAAAGGGGGCUUCCAUUGCAGUUCUGCUCAGGGUGAUAUCUUUUUUGUAUUGCAAAGCAGAUUCUUGUUAGGCUAUCAAGUACUGCAUUUUGAUCCAUUUGUAGUUGGAUUCAAUGACAAAAAAUGAUUAAAAAUAAAAGCCUGUGCAAGUGUCAAUCAGACAUAUUUCAAGGGAAACAGGAUGUAAUGGGAGAUUUGAUUUGGAAACUAGCUAGCACAUUCUUGUAUAUAUGGACGAGGAGGAGUUGGCCAGUUGUUUGCAUCAGCACACCAAAGCAAGUCAGAAUGUUUGAAAGCCCAGUGUUGGCUGAUAGGAAAGAUUAUUAUCAUUUUUUUACAUAAAGGUACAGGAUGAGACCAUGUCCUUCACACUCGUGCAGUGAAUGUCAAAACACAUUUCAUGGGGAGGGGGGUUGAAUAAGACUAGUUUAAACUGAGCACUUUAUAAGAGGUUUUACUUGUGUUUACAUUUGGGAAAAUGUAGCAGUGGAAUACAAUAGUGGGCUUUCAAUGGUAUGUAUUUUUCCCUAGUUAAAUUUAAUCUUGGCAGUGUUUUCUAUGAAAAAAUGCCUGUGGUGUUUAUAUGUGUAUGGUUUUACUGUGUCAAAAAAUCUUCAUCAGCAUUUUUACAAGUUUACAAAAUCAUACAUAAUACUGAUAAUGUUGUGGGCCCACUUUAUGCCUAAUGUGAGACUGUGUGGUAAACAGAGCACAAACACUGGGCUUUUGGGUGUCAUUCCUAUAGCUUGUCAGCUGUGGUCACGCCAGUAUUUACGAUGUGCAGCUUUGCUUGUAGGAUAAAAAUAACAUCCAAAUAGUCAGGAAAAGCCACAGAAUUCCAGAAAUUUUGUUUUGUCUAUUUUGAGCUUCCCAAGCUGUGUUUUAAAUAUUUUUUUUUCAUUUACAUAGGUCAACCUCAAAGGUUUCCCUCUAGGGCUCAGAAAGUACUUGUAUUUUAGCCACUAAGACCAUCAGCAGAGAGACGUGUGUUUUGGUACAUGGCAUUAAACAAAUUACAUUAAUUAUUUCAUACCAUUGUUAUUUUGUGUCAGUAAUAGAGUUACACACUGUGGAAACUGUCUUCAAUGUGCCUGAAAUGAUGAAGUGUUAAACUUUAUCUUGCUGCUGCGUGAACACGUCCAGUAAUAAAAGCCUAUUUGCGACUGGCAUGUAAUCAACAAGAACCUUUGACUUUCAUUGUAGCCAUGUAAAUACAUUUUUAAACAUAAGAAUAUUUUCAUAAAUAAAAGUGAAUAAGUAACAUA